AUGAGCAACCCAAUUGAAAUCAUAAAAGAUCGACUAUUCUGGAUUAGUGACCGCUACCCUCCUCGAAACAAGCCACUUUCCUUUUUCGUGUGUGUAGACAGCGUAAUAUUCACGUAGGAACUCCAGUACGAAGCUUUUUGUGAGGACUUUGGUCCUUUAAACCUUGCAAUGACCUACAGAUUCUGCUACCAGCUAGAUAAAUUAUUAAAAGACCCUAAGUACAUUAAUCACAAAAUUUAUCAUUACAGCAGCGUAAAAGAUGAAAAACGUGCCAAUGCAGCCUAUUUGAUGGGCGCUUUCCAAAUCAUUAUCUUGCGGAAAUCUGCAAGUGAAGCCUGGAGGCCUUUUGCUUCUCAGCCUGAUUUUCUUCCUUUUCGAGAUGCUAGCAUGGGGCCAUGCUAUUAUUUCUGCACAAUCCUUCACUGCUUAAGAGGCCUGGAACUCGCAAUGCAGCUGAAUUGGUUCAAUUUUCAUCGGUUUGACGUCAAAUUCUAUGAAUUCCGAGAAAAAGUGGAAAACGGUGACAUGAACUGGAUUUUGCCAGGGAAACUUUUGGCGUUUGGCAGUCCUACAGACUCUCCGACUGAGGAAAACUGGUACAGUUACAAGCCUGAGGACUUUGUCGACUUAUUCAAUAAUAUGAAUGUGACUGCCGUAAUCAGGCUUAACAAUAAAACCUAUGAAGAAGAAAAAUUCAAGGCGGCUGGGAUACGGCAUUAUGACCUUUUCUUCCUUGACGGAAGCUGUCCUUCAGACGAAAUCGUGAAUAGGUUUAUUGCGAUUAUAGAAGAUGAGUCUGGAGCUGUUGCUGUCCAUUGUAAAGCUGGCCUUGGCAGAACUGGUACUUUAAUCGGCUGCUAUAUAAUAAAGAAAUACCGAUUUCCUGCCGAAGAUUUUAUCGCAUGGUGCCGAAUCUGCAGACCAGGCUCAAUCCUCGGCCCUCAGCAGCAAUUUUUGCUUGACUAUGAAAAGAAACUAAACAACAUUGAAAACAUAUCUUGCUACUCCUCAGACGAUAUGAAAAAAUCAGUCCUCGGCGACCAUGGCCAAGCUAUCCGGCUUCUCUCAGCCAAAAGAUCUCGCUGUGCUAUGACAUCUCCAGGAGAAAGUAACCGGCUUUCUUCUCCUAUCGUCGACAUAUCCAAAAUGAUCCAAAACGUCGAAAGACCUGUAACCCCUUUCAAUUACUUGCUAGGCAACCGAUCUGCAACCCCGCUGCGUGACUUAGUUUCACAGUACAACUAA